AUGGCCGGUCCUUUGACGUCGCCGGCCACCGUCGCCUCAGACGCAUCAACGUCCCCCUGGCCGUCUCUGCCGGAUGAUCUGAUUCGCCUGCUCGCGUCGCGCUUUCUGGCCGGCGACCUGCUGGACUACCUCCACUUCCGCGCCGUUUGCGCCCCGUGGCGAUCCAGCACCGCCUCCCCGCGCGGCCGCGGGGUCGUCGAACCACGCUUCCACCCGCGCCAUUGGGCGCUGCUGCCCGAAGGCCACGGCCUCUACCCCGGCCACCCCAAGCUGCACGGCUACGUCCGCUUCUUCAACCUCGACACGGGAGCCUUCGUCCGCGUCCACAUCCCGCUGUUCGACGACCACUGCGUUCUCGAUUCCUACCAAGGCCCCCUCGUCCUGCAGCGGGACCACGACACCGCCAUCCGCCUGCUCCACCCUUUCACCGGUGACAUUCUCGACCUGCCACCACUCUCGACUCUCCUCCCGCAGAUGCGACAAGAGCUCCAAGAAGUACGACCUGCGCGACUUAAGCUUCCAUGGCUCAGAUCCGUCUCUACUGCUGCUACCUUCGCCGAUGGUGUCGUCACUGUCCUGCUUGCAUUCUGUGACCUGCAUCGUGUGGCCGUCGCAACCUCACAGGACCAUCAAUGGACGAUGUCUACCUGGCACUAUGCCAUAAGUAGUCCGCCCUUCCCGCACCAGGGCAAGUUUUACGUGGUGUAUGUGAUGAGGGCUGACCAUCAAGCAAAGAUUUUCCGGAUAGACACACCCCUUCCAGGUGAAGUGCUGCAACCCCCCAAGUUGAUCGCCACAACUAUCGCAGAUAAACUACGUGGACCCAUCUACUUCGUUGAGUGCGAUUCAGAGGUCCUGGUGAUAGGUUAUGGUGGUUUUCCUUUUUCCAAAAUGCCAGUUUACAAGCUCGCAGAUCUUGUCAUGGAAAGGAAUAAAGGACUGCUGUUGAGGGGAUACCGUGGCGGAUGGCUUCGGUGGCCGGUGAACGGGAAGCUCCGUCAAGGGGCAUGA